ACGGCCCCUUCCCCGCCGCGUCCAGGCUGCGGGCUGGCGGCGCGGGGCCGGCCGGGUGCAUGGGGCAGGCGAGCCCGCUGCCUGGCUGGCGUUGCGGGGAGCCCGGCGGCGAGCGCCCAGCCCGGCACCAUGAUGAAGUUUCGGUUCCGGAGGCAGGGGCACGACCCCCAGCGGGAGAAGCUCAAGCUGGAUCUCUUCGCCUUCAACAAGACUGUGGAACAUGGGUUCCCCAACCAGCCGAGCUCUCUGGCCUACGACCCCAAGCUGCGAAUUAUGGCCGUUGGCACCAAAUCGGGAGCUGUGAAAAUAUAUGGCGCUCCAGGAGUGGAGUUCACUGGCUUGCACAAGGAGACUGCUGCCGUCACGCAGAUACACUUUUUGCCUGGACAGGGUCGGCUGCUGUCCUUGCUGGAUGACAACACCCUGCACCUGUGGGAGAUUGACCAGAAGGAUGGCUAUUCGCACUUGGAGGAGACCCGCAGCUUCAUCCUCCCGGGCCGACCAGGGUUCGACAGCACUAACUCUCCUCCCAGCAUUACCCGGGUGACGGUGAUCCUGCUGAAAUCUGCCUGUGAUGUGGCCUGCCUGGGCACGGAAGGGGGUGGCGUGUACUUCCUGGAGCUCUCUGGCUUAACGCUGCUGGAAGAUAAAACCCUGUAUCAAGAGGAGAUCAUGCAGAGCGUGCCAGACGACUACCGCUGCGGGAAGGCUCUUGGCCCAGUGGAGUCUCUGCAGGAACACCCUCAAGACUCCUCCAAGAUCCUGAUUGGCUAUAGCAGGGGGCUGAUGAUCAUGUGGGACCAGAGCACCAGAAAUGUCCACCACCUCUUCCUGGGCAAUCAGCAGCUGGAGAGCCUUGGCUGGGAGCGGAGCGGCAGGACGGUGGUGAGUUCGCACAGUGAUGGAGGAUACAUGGUGUGGUCCAUCAACAGUAGUUGCCAUAAGACUCUGCAGCCACUUAUGUCAACUAUCCCCUACGGUCCGUUUCCCUGUAAAGCCAUCAACAAAAUCCUGUGGAGGACCUGUGAAUCUGGAAAUCACUUCAUCAUCUUCAGCGGAGGCAUGCCCCGGGCCAGCUACGGGGACCGGCACUGCGUCAGCAUCCUGCAGGGCCAGAGCCUGGUCACCCUGGACUUCACUUCGCGCGUGAUCGACUUCUUCACCGUGCACCACACGGAGCCGGAGGAGGAGUUCGAUAACCCGAGUGCCCUGGUGGUCCUGGUGGAGGAGGAGCUGGUGGUCCUCGAUCUGCAGACGCCCGGCUGGCCUACGGUUCCUGCCCCCUACCUGGCGCCCCUCCAUUCCUCCGCCAUCACCUGCGCCUAUCACAUCUCCAACGUCCCCCUGAAGCUGUGGGAGCGAAUCAUGGGCGCUGGAGAGCAGCAGGGCCCCCGGCAUUCUUCUGGGAACUGGCCGAUCAGCGGAGGGAAAAACUUAGCCCAAGAACCCACUCAGAGGGGCCUUCUUCUCACGGGGCACGAGGACGGCACGGUCCGCUUCUGGGACGCCUCGGGAGUGUCCCUGCGGCCGCUGUACAAACUGGGCACGGCCAACAUCUUCCAGACCGACUGUGAGCACAACGACAGCCUCAACCAGGCCAGCGAGGAGGAGUGGCCUCCCUUCCGCAAGGUUGGCUGCUUUGAUCCGUACAGCGACGACCCGCGGCUGGGCAUCCAGAAGAUUGCACUGUGUAAAUACACGGCCCGGAUGGUGGUGGCUGGGACUGCGGGGCAGGUGCUCGUCAUGGAGCUGAGCGACGAGAAGUCGAAUCACAUGAUCAACGUGGCCACGGUGGACCUGCUGCAGGACCGGGAGGGCUUCACCUGGAAGGGGCAUGACCGACUCACCCCCAAGAACGGCUCCCUGACCUUCAGCCCAGGCUUCCAGCCCAGCAUGCUGGUGCAGUGCAUGCCGCCGGCUGCCGUCACCGCCGUGACCCUGCAUGCCGAGUGGAACCUGGUGGCCUUUGGCACCAGCCACGGCUUCGGGCUCUUCGACUAUUACCGACGCAACCCGGUGCUGGCCAGGUGCACGCUCCACCCCAACGACUCCCUGGCCAUGGAGGGGCCCCUCUCCCGAGUGAAGUCUCUGAAGAAGUCCCUGCGCCAGUCCUUCCGCAGGAUCCGCAAAAGCAGAGUCUCCGGCAAGAAGAGAGUCGUUGCCAACAGCUCCUCCAGCAAGGUGCAGGAAGCCAAUGCCCAGCUGGCCGAGCAGGCCGGCCCCAUCGACGUGGAGAUGACCCCCGUGCAGAGGCGGAUCGAGCCCCGGUCGGCCGACGACUCGCUCUCGGGGGUGGUACGCUGCUUGUACUUCGCUGAUACCUUCCUCCGAGACGCCGCACACCACGGGCCCACCAUGUGGGCUGGGACCAACUCGGGCUCCGUGUUCGCUUACGCCCUGGAGGUCCCGUCCCAGGAGAAGUUCUCGGAGCGCUCGGUGGAAGCGGUGCUGGGCAAGGAGAUCCAGCUGAUGCACAGGGCGCCGGUGGUGUCGAUCGCGGUCCUGGACGGGCGGGGGAACCCUCUCCCGGAGCCCUACGAGGUGUCCCGGGACCUGGCCAAAGCCCCUGACAUGCAGGGCAGCCAUUCUGUGCUCAUCGCCUCGGAGGAGCAGUUCAAGGUGUUCACGCUGCCAAAAGUCAGCGCCAAGACCAAGUUCAAGCUGACGGCCCACGAGGGCUGCCGGGUGCGGAAGGUGGCGCUGGUGAGCUUCACCAGCCUGGCGUGCGAGGACUACACUGAGAACGGCUUGGCGUGCCUCACCAACCUGGGGGACAUCCACAUCUUCACGGUGCCCGGCCUGCGGCCGCAGGUCCACUACGACUGCAUCCGCAAGGAGGACAUCAGCGGCAUCGCCUCCUGUGUCUUCACCAAGCACGGGCAAGGCUUCUACCUGAUCUCGCCUUCCGAGUUUGAGCGAUUCUCCCUGAGCGCCCGGAACAUCACGGAGCCGCUCUGCUCGCUGGAGCUCGUCCGGCGCCACGGCACCACCUGUCUCAGCCCCAGUUUCACCGGGACACCGAAACUGACGCAGGCCAACGGGACUCCCGUGCUGCAGGGCUCUGAGGCGAACGGCUCCCCCGGGGAUGGCACCCGAACGCCUGAGGAACCCCAGGCUGCCUUCUCCCUGGCGCCCACCGACUCGCCAAACAGCCCAGAGAGCCCCCUGGACACCACCGGGGACAUCACUGUGGAGGAAGUGAAAGAUUUCCUGGCCUCCUCGGAGGAAGCGGAGAGGAACCUGAGGAACGUGAGUGAGGAGGAGGCCCACUCUCCGGGGAUCCUGAUUAAAUGAGGGACCGUGCCGGCUCGUCUCCCGCCCCUGGAUUCCACGGACACGAGACUUGACUGAGCCAAGCUGUCGGCUCCACUUCUCCCCAGAGACCCUCCGCGUAACUUAAACUCGCCUCCUCUCUAACAUCCGGCCGGGAAGCUGGAGCCUGACGCCACCCCACCGCUCCGCCCCGGUUCGAAGGUUCUCUCUCCGCCGAGCCGAGCCGCCUUCCGCCAGCGGGCCCAGCGCAGUGCAACACUACAGCUCUCGCCCCCCACCCCCCCCAAAGCAAAAACCGGACCUGGGGCUGCGGGGUGAGAUCACUGCUUCCGCCUGGCCUAGACCGGGAGGGAAUGCAUCCAUCUCCAGGGACCCCAUUGCUGGAGCGCGGCCUCACACGGACGCCUGGGGGGAGAGUUGGACACGGUCUGGGUUGGGGUUGUUUUUUCCCCUUCUCCUCUGCUGAGCUCCCAGAAGGACUCUGGUCUGGGGUGGGGGGCGGGGGGAUAGGGACACUGCUUGGCCUGGGGGAGCAGCUUUUCCAAUACUUCGACUUUCCUCGGAACCGGCUGGCCUGCUGCAGACGGUAAGUCUGUGAGCGCUGGCUGGACUCGCCUUAACACCCGUCUGCCACUAGGGGGCCCUCUUGCUCAAUACCGGAUUGAUAUUGAUUCCUCAGUGGUGUUGACGGCAUUUCUCCCCCCGGCCCCCCAAAUAAACUCCAGAGCGUCUCACUGGCACUGGAGGUGCAUCAGCCACGCUAGGGUCCAGCUCCCUUCCUAGCACCUUUCCCUCCUCCUGGGGGGCAGGAGAGCCAAGUUCCUGCUCUGGGUUAGCAGCCUUUAUUUUAGGGGCCUGGUUGCCUCUAGGGGCCUUCAUCUUCCAUCUUCACAGCUGGCUCCAGCUGGGUUCCCCCGUCCCCCCCCGUCCCCCUUGGAACACCUUUAAAUGAAGGAGACCGGGGCAGUGUCAGUCAGCACCAGGCACGGCUCGCCCAAGAUGGGACCCUGCCAUGCUGAUCCAGGUGUGGGUGACCCAAGGCCAGUGCCUUCAAACAGGCGUGCCUAAGGGGCAGAUGCCAAAACAAGGGGCUGUAGACUCUUCCCGCCCCUUCAUUGCGGUGCUGAGCAGCUGUCUCUUGAGCUCACCACCUCUGGAAACCAGUCCCAGCGAUUACGCACUUUGGUUUCCGACGCCUCUGGAUGAAAACGGCCUGAGACGUUUGCCGGCCUGCACUAAGGCCAUUUCUGUGCAGUUGUGAAUUUACGGGCUGCUCACCGCCUCAGCCCGGUGUGAGAUGGGGCCUGAGUUCUGCUGGAAGAGGGGUGCCUUCCUCUGGUUUCAACCAGGCUUUGCAAUAAGACAGGGGUCCAGCCAACUCCUGCCGCUUCGGGGCAAAGCCUCCUCUGAAGUGGCUUCCCACGCAGCCUGCUUUUAACAGGGGCCACCCGACAGCCCCUGGCCCAAGUUACGCUUUUAACCCCAUGUGGCGUUUGAAACUUCCCUGUCCACUGGGCUGAAAGGUGGCUGCCGGUCAGGGACGUUCAUUCCCAGGCAGCGGAAGUACAGGUGCCUGUCGAUCAAAAGGCUUGUUCCUGGCAGACCGGCCCGUUUCAGCGGGGAUAUUUUAAUCCAUUUCCUUAGGAUCCUGUUUUCCCUUCAGCGCCGCUGCACGGGUGGGACAAGGCUUUUGGAUGGGGCGGGGGGUGGCUCGGUGAAUGUUGAAGAUGGUUUGUUUUGACUUGGUCAAACCUAAAAUUGAGGGCCGGGGGGAGGCCCAGAGACAGCUCUGAAGAGCUCACGCUGAGCAGCUGUUGAGGGGUCGGUCUCGUUUCCAGCAGUAUUAGUUUCCUUAGUUGCUCUGAGCAGGGGUGUAGAGCAAAGCACGGUGGCCGCUCGGGAUUCCUGUCUCUAAACUGGAUUGGAAGGUGACUUCUGGCACCGAAGGGGCCAGCUGGCUUGGGCUCUCCUGGGGCUGAAAGCUCCAGCCUUCGGAGCGUUCUGGCAAAGCCUCUCCCCGCGGGGCUGGGAAGGAGAAAGCGGAACUGAACAAGCCAGGCCCAGGGCUAAAAUCUGGGUUGGCUGCCAUCUCUCUGCUUUGAGCUCUCCAUUCGUGGCUAGGGAAUAUCCCCUGCUGCGCUCUGUUCUUCCCACUGGGAGGGGGGAAUCUCGCAGCCAGGUCACCUGUUGGUGGAACCAAGCUUUAGCCGCCGAGCUCUCUUGUGUCCAGGGUGCGCACUUGUUCCCCCCCACCUUGCAAGGGCUGGAGGCCUGGAGCUGGAGACCAAGGCAGGCCCGGGAUAGAGCGAAUGCCAUACCCCCUCAGUGCCUGAUCCAGGUUGCUUUCCAAAGUGCCAAAGGGCCUGUUGGGCCCUGACUCCCGGAGGCCUGAAAGCCCUGGUACCUGAGCUGUUGUAGGAGUUACAAGGGCUGGGAUGGGGACAUCCCCCUGCAGCCCCCUCACCAUGCCUUUAUGGGUCAUCAGCCCCACCUCUUACCAGUGCGAGCAAAUGCCCAUCUCCCCUCGGCCGGCCUGGGAAUGGCACCUGGCUGCCUUGUCACAUGGCCCCUGGUGCCAAACCAGCUCUGGGCCCACCCCGGUUCUCUCUGCGGCUCUUUGGGAGGUGCAUGUCCCUGAGCCUGGUACCAAGAGAGCGAACUCUGUUACUCAACAGCGUGUCGGGGGUGGGAUGGGGGCUCGGUUGGCCAGCGGCUGAUACUUUGAGUCUUUGAAGGAACUGGCUGGGCUGGGGGCAGAGGAAGAAUCUGAAUGGCACAAACUCUCUGGACCCCACCCGGCUCUGUGUGCGAACAGUAUUUUUCUACACUCGACCUUUGCUGCUGGAACUGAUACUUUGUACAGCUGUUUUGGUACUAGAUCUGGGGAGGGGGUUGGGGGCAGGAGGGGGGAGAAAUGUAGUCGCCAUGUGCCAUGGGGUCCCCUGCAGUCUAACCCAGCCCUGUGGGAUUCUAGUGGCCGCAGUAGAACGUCCCCCCUGUGUCUUUUUGGUAAGAUGAAUUUAGCAUUGUCUAGUUAUGAAAUACUGGUUUUUAAUAUUGAAAAUAAAGCAUUUAAUAUCUCUUA